UGUCUCUGACGGGUUCCUAGUGCUAUAUUAACCCCACACCGGAUCAACGUUUAACCAAGAGCUUUUUGGUGUGUCUAUAUAUAUGAGAGCCUUGCCCCACUCCAGGACAUGAGAGAUUGUACUGUGAUGGUACUGGUGAGGCUUCUGUGCCUCACCUCUCCACGUCAUGGAGGACGACAAGCCAUGGGCUCUCCUGGCGGAGAUGAGCGACCGAGGUAACAGUGAAGCAGACCUUGACAUAAUGCACCAGCACUUCCAAACCAUCUGCUACGAAGACUUUCUUCAGAACCAGCUGCUGCACGGUCCCAAGAUCGAGGCCGUGUUUGUGAUGAACACCCGCCCCGUGGUGGAGCCCUCGCUGCUCAGCUCGCUUCCCUCACUGAAGGUGGUCGCCAACGCAGGAGUGGGCAUCGACCACCUGGAUGUGGCGUACAUCAACAGCAUCGGAGUGAAGGUGACCAACACGCCCGGCGUGGUGAGCAAUGCCACCGCAGACAUGGCCCUGGGUCUGCUUCUGGCAUCAGCACGGAUGAUCGUUGAAGGUCACCAAAUAGCUGUGGACCCCGAGACCACCCACAUACCACGAAAGCCGAUUGGAGUUGAAGUCUCGGGGUCGACUAUGGGGAUUAUUGGAAUGGGACACAUUGGCCACAAAAUUGCUCAAAGAGGCAAAGGAUUUGACAUGAAGAUCCUGUACCACAACAGGAGUAGGAGGAGUGUUGAGGAUGAGCAGGCAGUCGGGGCGACUUACUGUAAGAACAUGGACGACCUGCUGAGAGAGUCGGACUUCGUGGUGCUGGCAGUCAAUCUCACCCCUGAGUCCAGAGGCCUGAUAAGCCACAGAGAGCUGUCCCUCAUGAAACCCACCGCAACACUGGUCAACAUCAGCAGAGGUCUGGUUGUGGACCAGGACGCUCUAGUGAAAGCUCUGCAGACCGGGACCAUUCGCGCGGCAGCGUUAGACGUGACUCACCCUGAACCUUUACCGAGGGAUCACCCUCUCCUCAGCCUUCCUAAUGCGCUCAUCACCCCCCACAUCGGAUUCAACACCUACACCACAAGACGAAAGAUGGUGCAGAUGAUGGUAGAAAAUGCUCUGGCUGCAGUGAAAGGUCAAACUAUUCCCAAUGAAGUCAAACCACCGUGACUUCACUGGUGGUACCUCGCCCGUGUGCAGUUCUUAAUCAUGAAUAGAUUUUAGUUGUAUGUUGUUCUGUCUAACGCUGUGCCGUAAUCACUGUACAACAUUAACCCUGUAAAAAGAUUAAAGCUAUGUAAUGUACACUUGA